GCCCAAACCCCCCUUCCUUUACGAACAGUGCAAUUAUUAGCCUCUGUCUCUUCCUCUUCCCCGCUCCUCCCACCCACAGAGUCGAAGAAAAAACUAGAAGAAGAAAGCGGAAGCCAAAUCGAAGCAAAGCUCUCAUCUCUUUCGCAUGCCCGGGCGCUAGAAGAAGUGGUAUAAGAGGAAGAAUGCAAGAACAAGCAACGAGCUCGCUCCCUUCGAGCAGCGAGAGAUCGUCGAGCUCGGCGCCGCAUAUGGAAGUUAAGGAAGGAGUGGAGAGCGAUGAGGAGAUCAGGAGAGUGCCGGAGUUCGGGGUGGACCCAGCCGGCCGGUCCACCUCCGGGCGGGAGGCCGGUUCGGUGGCCGGAGCCGACCGGGCCCAGUCCUCCGCCCCGGCCGGUCAGCGGAAGAGAGGGAGAAGCCCCGCGGACAAAGAGCACAAGCGUCUCAAAAGGCUGCUGAGGAAUAGAGUUUCAGCUCAACAAGCAAGGGAGAGGAAGAAGGCUUAUCUGAAUGAUUUGGAGUCUAAGGUGCAGGAUCUGGAGAAGAAGAAUUCGGAGCUGGAGGAGAGGCUCUCCACUUUGCAGAACGAGAACCAGAUGUUAAGACAAAUAUUGAAGAACACCACUGUCAGUAGGAGGGGAUCCAGCAGCAGUGCCAAUGGAGAAGGUCAGUAAGACUGCGAAGGUCAGUCUUCGCAGGAAGAAGUGUGUGUACCCACUGUAGUCUGAAGUUCUGUUGGAUCUCAGUCAAAAGAAAAGGUUCACCUUCAUGUAAGUUAUUAACCCUAUCUGAGUUAUGAUUGGCAAAUGGUAACAUGCAUGUUAUGGAAAUUGCAUUAUGAGAAACUUAAGCAUGUUAUGAAGAUUUUAGAAAAAUAUAUUUACUUGUAAGUUCUUCUUUC